AUGUCUGACGAGCUGCUGGUUUCUCCCAGAAGACUCAAAUCCAACUCACUGGGACCUGUGGAGCACAAAGACACCUCCUCUGCUCCUCUCCCCCUCUCCUCGUCUGCUCCUCCUCCUCUCCUCCUCUGCUCCUCCUCCCCUGCUCCUCUCCUCCUCUGCUCCUCCCCUCCUCCUCUGCUCCUCCCGUCCUCUGCUCCUCUCCUCCCUCUCUCCUCCUCCUCUGCUCCUCUCCUCCUCUGCUCCUCUCCUCCCUCUCUCCUCCUCCUCUGCUCCUCCUCCUCUCCUCCUCUGCUCUUCUCCUCCUCUGCUCCUCCCCUACUCCUCUCCUCCUCUGCUCCUCUCUUUCUCUGCUCCUCUCCUCCUCUGCUCCUCUCUUCCUCUGCUCCUCCUACCCUGCUCCUCCCCUACUCCUCUCCUCCUCCUCCUCUCCUUCUCUGCUCCUCUCCUCCUUCUCUCCUCCCCCUCUCCUCCUCCUCCUCCUCCUCUCCUCCCCUCCUCCUCUCCUCCUCUCCCCCUCUCCUCUUCUCCUCCUUUCCUCCCCCUCCUCUGCUCCUCCUCCUCUCCUCCUCUCCCCCUCUCCUCUUCUCCUCCUCUCCUCCCCCUCCUCUGCUCCUCCUCCUCUCCUCCUCUCCCCCUCUCCUCUUCUCCUCCUCUCCUCCCCCUCCUCUGCUCCUCCUCCUCUCCUCCUCUCCCCCUCGCCUCCUCUCCUCCCCCUCCUCUCAUCCUCCUCCCCUCCUCUCCCCCUCUCCUCCUCUCCUCUGCUCUGCUCCUCCCCUCCUCCUCUGCUCCUCUCCUCCCCUCCUCCUCUGCUCCUCUCCUCCUCUGCUCCUCUCCUCCUCUGCUCCUCUCUUCCCCUCCUCCUCUCUCCCCUCCUCCCCUCCUCCCCUCUCCUCCUCCUCUCUCCUCCCCUCCUCCUCCCCUCCUCCUCCCCUCACCUCCUCCUCUGCUCCUCUCCUCCUCUGCUCCUCUCUUCCUCCUCUCCUCCCCUCCUCCCCCUCCUCUGCUCCUCUCCUCCCCUCCUCCUCUGCUCCUCUCCUCACCUCCUCCCCUCCUCCUCUCCUCCUCUCCUCCCCCUCCUCUGCUCCUCUCCUCCCCUCCUCCCCUCCCUCCCCUCCUCCUCUCCUCCUCCUCUCCUCUCCUCCUCUCCCCCUCCUCCUCUCCUCCUCUCCUCCCCCUCCUCUCCUCCUCCUCCUCCCCUCCCCUCCUCCUCCUCUCCUCCUCUCCUCCUCCUCCUCUGCUCCUCUCCUCCCCCUCCUCUCCUCCUCCUCCUCCCCUCCUCCUCUCCUCCCCUCCUCCUCCUCUCCUCCUCUCCUCCUCUCCUCCCCCUCCUCUGCUCCUCCUACGGUCUCUGGCACAGCUUGGUUCUUACAUCAUAUCUGGGACGCCUCCUUUGCCUCCUCUCUGCAGCUGCUCAAUAUUUCAUUUCAAUCCAAGGACAACGAUGAGAACUCACAGAAAUUGGUUUCUCUCUAA